AAUUUCUUUUUAUUUCUUUUUGUUUCUUUUUGUUUCUCUCUCUCUCCGCAAGAAAUUUUAGACUAUUUGGUUAACCAAAGCACUCCAUAGGCCUUCUCUCUCUCUCUCUCUCUCUCUCUCUCUGUUGUUUUUGUUUUUACCAAUUUGCUUGUUCAACUAGAGCAUGGCAGAGCAGCAUUUUCAGCUGGAGGUUCAUGAAUCUGGUUUAAAUCCUCAUAAAGUUGCAAAUGGAGAGUUUGAUGAUGAUGGAAAGCCCUCAAGAACUGGGAAUUUGUGGACUACAAGCGCACACAUAAUAACAGCCAUAAUAGGUUCAGGAGUUCUGUCCCUGGCCUGGUGUGUGGCUCAACUCGGAUGGGUCGUUGGAGUCGCCACACUGCUCAUCUUCUCCCUCAUCACACUCUAUACUUCCAAUCUCCUAGCAGAUUGUUACCGAUCUCCCGAUCCAGCCACCGGCAAAAGAAACUACACCUACACCGAUGCUGUCAAAACAAACUUAGGUAAUAUAAACAGCAGUGCUAGAAACAUAGAUAAAAUUGACAAAGCGGGACACAUGCAUGAGCACCCUUUGUUUCUCAUAUCUGUGUCCCAUUUUGUAAAUUUCGUAUAUGUGCACUUGGAAAUUUUCCAAUGGAAUUACCCUAUAUAUAUAUAAUAUAUAUUUCAUUGCACACAACACAUUUCAUGAAUGAA